AUGCAUCCAUCAACAACGAGUUCCAACUCCGCCGUGGCCCUCGUAAGAAGUUACGAACCCGCGCGCCUGCCGCAUUAUCCUACCACUCACGGGAGUGGAGAGGCUCGUUUCAUGGAAACGGCAUGGCCGCCUGCUCUGGUCAGGAGCACUGGUUCGUUCGGCCGACCGGUUUGGGCCCCGGAAUUGCUGAACGAGCUUGACCUUCCUCGGCCUGCCGACGCGCAGACCGAUGAACACUCCUGCCUUUACGUCGGUCCUCAUUCGGGUCUGAGUUUAUUCUGUUCCGGUUUCGGUUUGGAUGAGGAUCAAGAAUCUAAGCCAGCGCUUUGACUUUCCACGGUGCGCUUUGCCAGACUAGGGAGAACUGGAAGGGGGAAUCGCGAAUUAAGCAGAUGCUCGAGGUCGUUCAGAUAAGGAUCUGACCUUGGAUCCAUACAAAACACAAUGAGGACGACCGACCUCUUCCAACAAAUUAUCGGUUAUUAUGAGAUUCUAAAAUCCCAGAAGUUCGAUGAGUGAAGAAAGUGACCGGUGAAUAUUCUACUGCUUUCCUUCUUUCCACGCAUAAAAUAGUCAUGCAAAAAUGCUGAGUAGACGUAGAGUAUGGCAUUCGGCUGCAAGUCAAGUCCAGUAGACUCGUGAGGAAAAUGGUCGUGGGCAUGAUGAUGUCAAACGUUACAUGAGUCUAGGAGAAACGGAACGGAGCUCAUGAAAGUCCGCGUCAUAAAUGCGCAAAGCAGGAGGCGGAGUCCGUGAUGGUGUUAGACAUAUAAUUGGGGGGAAGACGGGUUCGAACCGGUGCUACUCCUGCAUCAGUGGAACUUUCAGCUCGUAAACGAGUGACUCCUGUCGACAUCGAGAUCCAGCUGGGAAUGCGAGAGUGGAUAAUCUCGAGAGAAAAUGUGGACCGUAGCAAGCGGAAGGCCCAAUGCAUCCCCUCUAACGCGUCGGCGUCAACAAAGUGAUCGCUCCUACCACAUUUAAGAUCGGUGGAUCGCAGUCCCGAAGGCCGUGACCCAGCCCACACCAAGAGACUCGUCGAGAGAUAUUAUUCACUCAUGUCACCAAGCCCACCCAUCGAAAUAUCGAAGGUCCACUUCCGAGAGAAUCGACCAUGCAAGGGAACAACGAGGCUGACCACCGUAUCCUUGGGCACGUGGACUAGUCCGUCCUUCAUCUGCGGACAUAACCUCGGUGUUGGGUCUACCACGUAGCCCGCCAUGGUUUCAGUUCGUCUAAGUUGCAAAGUAGCACAUGCGAGACUAGCUCCCUUCUGUUUAGGCCAUAUGGCUGCGUUUCUGGGCAUCAAUUAGCCUCAGCUUGGUAUUGCAUUAGUUUGUAUUCUCGCAAACCCCAUACUUAGAGGGCUUGCAAAUGAAGUACAGCCUAAGACGGGUUGAAACUCAACCCGUCAUGGACUCAACAAGAAAUAUGGAAAUAUUCGACCUCCCUUACGCAGGUUAGUGAAGGAAGGCUAGGGGUCCAGUUCUUCUUUGUGGAAAGGAAAAUCGAAUCGAAAGAGAGCAAGGGAAACCGACAAAAUACCACAACGAGAGCACCCCACUCUAUUAUAACAGGGGUUGGAUUGUUAAAAAUCAUAAGUUUAAAGAAAGUAAGGAAAACCGAUAUAUCAAUUUU